AUGAAAGAAGUCAUGUCCAACAACAGCACCACUAGCAUCUCGCAAGCCAGGAAGGCUGUAGAGCAGCUGAAGAUGGAAGCCUGUAUGGACCGGGUCAAGGUCUCCCAGGCAGCCGCGGAUCUCCUGGCCUACUGUGAAGCUCACGUGCGCGAAGACCCUCUCAUCAUACCAGUGCCUGCGUCGGAAAACCCCUUCCGAGAGAAGAAGUUCUUUUGUACCAUCCUCUGA